GCGGCGCCGCAAGAACCCACUCACUUAAGGAACCAUCCGAGUCGAGCUCUCUUAUCUGCCACCAUGUCAGCUGGAGGAGAUUUGGGGAACCCCCUGAGGAAAUUUAAACUGGUGUUUCUGGGCGAGCAGAGCGUGGGGAAAACAUCUCUCAUCACUAGAUUCAUGUACGACAGUUUCGACAACACGUAUCAGGCGACCAUCGGAAUCGACUUCCUAUCGAAGACGAUGUACCUUGAAGACCGAACAGUAAGGCUCCAACUGUGGGAUACAGCUGGACAGGAACGUUUCAGGAGCCUCAUCCCGAGCUACAUACGAGACUCUACUGUAGCUGUGGUUGUCUAUGACAUCACAAAUGUGAACUCCUUCCAGCAGACCUGCAAAUGGAUCGAUGAUGUCAGGACAGAGAGAGGAAGUGAUGUCAUCAUCAUGCUUGUCGGCAACAAAACAGAUCUGGAAGAGAAGAGGCAAAUCACGAUUGAGGAAGGCGAGCAGAGAGCCAAAGAGCUGAACGUCAUGUUCAUCGAGACCAGUGCCAAAACAGGCUGCAAUGUCAAACAGCUGUUUCGUCGGGUUGCAGCAGCCCUACCUGGAAUGGAAAGCUUGGACGAUGCAAAUCCUGAAGGCAUGAUCGACAUCAAGCUGGACAAACCGGCAGAGCCUAGCGUCCCCGAGGGCGGGUGCUCAUGUUAA